AUGUGUAUUGCUCUGCUGGGUAGAAAUACACUGGGAAUGGUAGAUGGAUCAUGUGAUAAAGAAAAGUAUAGUGAAAAUUUGUGGAAUCAUUGGGAUCGAGUUGAUGCCAUUGUUCAAUUUUGGCUAAUGAACUCUGUUUCUAAGAGUUUACUAGGUGGCAUUAUGUAUGCAGCCAUUGCAAAAGCAGUGUGGCAAGAUCUACAAAAAAGGUUCACCAAGAUAGAUUGUUCAAGAACCUUCAACUUGCAUAAGGCGAUAGCCACUCUAACUCAAGGAGUAAAUUAUGUAACAAUCUAUUUCUCCAAACUUAAGACUCUUUGGGAGGAAUUUGAGGCUUUGGUACCACCACCAGGUUGUAACUGUGAAAAAUCCAAGGAAUUCAUGUUGCAUCUACAAAAACUGAAACUGUUCCAGUUUCUGAUGGGGCUAAAUGACUCAUAUAAUCAAGCAAGAAGUCAAAUACUGCUCAUGAGUCCAUUACCUUCAAUCAAUCAAGCCUAUGCUAUGGUAAUGGAUGAUGAGAGUCAAAGGUGUGUGUCAGCUAUGAAUGGAGUUUUGGGUGCAAAUCCAAUGUCACAUACAGGCAAUUAUGAAUCUGUUAUGUACAGCAGAACAAGUGGAAAUCAAAAGUUCACAAGGAAUUGUCAUCCAUAUUGUGAGGUUUGUAAAAUAAGAGGACACAACAAGGAUAAUUGUUGGAAAAUAGUGGGAUAUCCCCCUGAGUUCAAGUAUAAAAAGAAGAAACCCUCUGAAGGUGGGAGUGCAGCUUACAAUGUGAGUACAAAAGAGAACACACAAAAUGAAGUACUUCAUGCUGCAAGUGGACAAUCUGAAUUCAAGUAUGGUUCUGAUACGAAUGUGUAUAGUCAUGGAAAAAAUUCAAGUAGCAUGGAUCAAGUUCAAUCCAAGCCAAGUCAAGUUGAUGCUAAUCAUUUUACACAAGAACAAUAG